CCACACGAGCCACUGCCUGUUCACCCCGCUAUCAUCCAGAAGGCGAGGAAAUGUUUUGCCCGGAAGUGAUUGCCACGGCUUCAGGAAGAAGACGCUCUGGGUGAAUGAGAUGGCGACGAAUGAGGCAAGCUGUGAACAACCACAGAAGCGAGGAAUCAAAGACAAACCGAAUGGAUAUUUUGCAGACUCUGUGGUCAGUGAGAGGAGGCAGAAAGAUAGGGAGGAGCGUCUCGCUCUGGUGCUGUGGCGGCGGCCUAUCAUCACACUACACUACUUCCUCCAGGAAACCUUCAUCACACUAAAGGAGUGGACAUUAAAGUUAUGGCGACGAAGGGGGACAGUGUUCUUGUUCCUGGUGUUGUGUUCACUCUUCUCCCUUGCCUACUCCACUGAGGGAGCACACCAGAAGUAUGUGCAGUACCUGGAGAAGAGGUUCCUGUGGUGUGCCUACUGGGUAGGUUUGGGCAUCUUGUCCUCAGUAGGCCUUGGGACUGGCCUGCAUACCUUCCUACUAUACCUGGGUCCACACAUAGCAUCAGUCACCCUGGCUGCGUACGAGUGUGGUUCUACAGACUUCCCCGAGCCCCCCUACCCAGACCAGAUCAUCUGCCCAGAGGCAGGAGGAAUGGAGGGCAGCAUCUCACUCUGGUCCAUCAUCUCAAAGGUCCGGCUGGAGGCCUGUAUGUGGGGUGCAGGCACAGCCAUUGGGGAGUUGCCGCCCUACUUCAUGGCUCGAGCAGCCAGGCUAUCUGGAGCAGACCCAGAUGACGAAGACUAUGAGGAGUUUGAGGAGAUGCUGGGGCAGGCAGAGACUGCUCAGGAUUUUGUUACUCGAGCAAAACUGGGAGUGCAGAACAUGGUGCAGAAAGUGGGUUUCUUUGGGAUUCUAGCCUGUGCCUCGAUCCCUAAUCCUCUGUUUGACCUUGCUGGUAUAACAUGUGGACACUUCCUGGUACCAUUUUGGACCUUCUUUGGAGCGACUCUUAUUGGGAAAGCCAUCAUCAAGAUGCACAUACAAAAACUGUUUGUUAUCAUAACGUUCAGCAAGCACAUAGUGGAACAGAUGGUGUCUCUGAUCGGGUCUCUGCCGAGGGUAGGUCCCUCCAUACAGAAGCCCUUCAGUGAGUACCUGGAGGCGCAGAGGAGUAAACUCCACCACCACACCGGAGAAGGCACCCCGGCGAGUGAGAACUGGCUGUCGUGGGUCUUUGAGAAGGUGGUUCUGGUCAUGGUCUGUUACUUUAUCUUCUCUAUCAUCAACUCCAUGGCUCAGAGCUACGCCAAGCGACGACAACGGAGUCAGCAGCAGCGAUACUCUGAGGAGAAAACCAAGUGACGAGACUCUUGAGUCCCUCAGCUCUGAUCACAAACUAACCUCGCCCUCUUCCAUUCUUAAGAGGCUGAACUGACACUUUUGUGUUUGCUUACGGAUGUAUGUGCUGUUUGUUUGUCCCUCUUAUGGUUUUGUAGUUUCCCCUCAUUUGUGUAACUUGUGAUUUUAAUAAUAUAAUGAUAGGAUAUGAGCAGUGAAGCAGCAGUUGGAUGUCAACUUUUUGCUGGCAGCUAUACCAGCUGUGAUGCCUUAUGCAAGGUGGAGGGUCCUACUUCCAUUGAACACAGUUCUUAAUCACGACUUGAUUUGUACAUUUUUCACUGUAUGGAUGGACUCUAUGCUGAUAUGAUGCUAAGGAUGUUUUCAGGGUUACAUUUUUCUUGCGUUUUUGUCCUGUUGAUCAGAAAUAGGCCAUCUGUCAUUUGCGUUUCUUGGAUUUGUUUGAAAUUCAAGUUUGCAAUUGGAAAUAGCAAUAUCAAGUCGUUUCAACAUGUUAUUGAUAGUUUGCACAUCCUGGAAAUAUUCUUUGGGCGGUAUGUACGCACAUGCAUUUAGAAUAAUCUGGACAAACUAACUUGAACCAAAACAGAACUUACAUUACACUCAGCUAACUUGGUGUUAUUUUUAUUCUGUACAUUUACUGAGUCUUUGAUCAGAAUAUAUAAAAUGCCUAAAUCAU